AUGGUUAUCGUACAGAGAUACAGAGUGUUAAUCCUCGAGUGUGAUGCCACUCCCCAACCUAUUGUGAGAGUACGGGGCACCUGGGGCGAUAUUUUCGAACAGUUUAUGCGUGACGGCCUCGACCGAUACCGCCAGCAAAACCCCACGGAUUGGAAAAUCCGCCUCGAGGUCACCCGGUCCAACAUGCUGGAGAUGGGACCGCUACCUGGAAAGGACGAGAUUGAUUGUGUCUUGGUUUCCGGAAGCACAGAACAUGACGCUUCUGGAGACUCGGCGUGGACUCUCCGGGUGGUUGAAUACCUCCGUCACCUGUAUUCGAACUCGAACGUCGCAUUGAUCGGCUUCUGCUUCGGCCAUCAGCUCAUCGGCCGCGCCCUUGGCAUGCAGCCCCGGAGAAACCCAAAUGGCUGGGAGCUCUCCCUCUGCGACGUCAGCCUUGGAGAGGCCGGGAGCAGGCUGUUCGGCCGCGAAACUCUGCCAUUGCAUUUAUUGCACCGGGACAUGCUCCCCGCGUCCGCACCCCCGGGCGUCGAGCUGCUGGGCGGCAGCGACCUCUGCCCGAACCAGGGCUUGUACGUGCCGGGACGCCUCCUGACGCUGCAGGCGCACCCGGAGUUCGACGCCUUCGUCAUGAACUACUCGCUCAACUGGCGGUGUGAGCAGGACGUGAUCGGGAGGGACCAGUGGAGGAGGGGGCUCGACGUCUGCGGGCUCGAGCAUGCGGGUGGUCUUGUCUCGGAAGUGGUUUGGAGGGUCCUCCUCGGGGGCGACUGCUGA